UCCUCCAUUGUGCGCAGGGCCUAAGAAAACCAGUGAAUGCUAGGAUCAUUUUUAUUGAUUCUUCAGAUCUUAUAAUGGGACGAUCACGACGAGGAGGCUGGAGAACUAAAGCCAGGCGGCGACUUAAGAAGGCCCUCUUGUCACAGGAGGGGCUGGACCCUUCAGUUUUCAAACAACCAGAUGUCUUUCAUGAACCAGCCGAUCAGCAGGCAUCUCGUCCUCCACGACUACCUGAAUCUCUCUCUUGCAUGCCGCAGGCUUUAUACAUAGAGGGAGCACAAAAUGAAGAAUUGAUGAAAUACAUGGAGACAAAUUCAGAAUUCGCAACAAACAGAUUUAUAACUAAAGAAGAUAACAUUCACCUUAUAAAACAACGAGAACAAAUAAUAACAAAUCGCAAUGACUUAUUGUCCGAGGGCCCUGGCAAGGCAGUGAAGCAGUGGCAAACCGCACAUCAGAUACAGUUAGAAAAAAAUGGAAACAAUGAUAUUCUUCAAUAUCCUCCAGCAACGACGUCAGUUGAAAUAAUAAAUGUCGAAAACGAUACGGAUAUUAAUACUGAACCACGUACGCUUGAAGAAAACUUAGGAAGUGAGAUAAAUAAGGAAACUGAUGAGCUGACAGAUGUUGUAGAAUGUUUAAAUAAUGAACAAGUCAUUAAAAUCAAUACACAUGCAGAAGGAAGGCCUAAUACAAAAAGAAGGAGAACGAGAACAAUACAGCGAAUUAAAAAUAAAAUAUAUUGCGUCAAAAAAAAGAAUUUAGGAACUAAUGUGCAAUUGCAAAAAACACGACAAAGAUUUGCGGAAAUUUCAGAAAGUAAUGCUAAAGCUUUGCAGUUGUUUGCAGAAGCUGCAAUGAAGCAGGCUAAUGCUGCAAUGAUAGCAGCGGAAAAUGACCGUCAACGGAACGUUUUGGAUGAACAACGGCUUACAUUGAAUGAGAAAAAGUUACAAAUAGAUAAAGAUCUGCUUCAAACUAUGAAUAGUGUACAUAGAUUAAUGGAAAAGAUAUUGGACAAAAAUUAAUAGAUUUGAAUUUAUUCUGUAUAUGUUUUUUGUACUGCUGCUUUAUUUUAAAAGAAAUUGAUAUUUGUUUAAAUGUAAUAAGUACGUAACAAAUUAACGUCCAAUUU